UUAAUUUCAAUAAACCAACUGAAAAAUUUCAUUCACCCAAACGAGCUCAAAGUAAAACACGUCAUCGUCAACCGCUACACCAUCGUGUAGCUCGUUCACUCGUCUCUAAUACCCACCAGGUAGUCCGGACUAGAGACCCCUCUCUCCCGCUCUCUUAAUAACUCGCCGCCAAGCUUUUGUUCUCCAGAGAUUCUGAUCAAGCUUAACAGCCACGAAUCAUGUCGGCGUCCGGCGACCGGAAAGUCGCCGUCGACGGCCGUUGUACUUGCUUUUCCGUCGACAACAGUGAUGAUGAUAACAAAUUGCAUGAUCGGAGUUGUCCGCAUUGUAGAAGAUCGAAUCUUCCUUCGUCGUCGUCUUCUGGUUCUUUGCUCAGCUUCGAAUCGAUUCCAGUACAAGAGUACGAUAAGCUUGGGAGAAUCUUCGCUGCCUCAGUCAAGGGUUUCACCAUUGGAGCUGGUCUCAAAGGCGGCCUAGCUCUCUUCUCUGUCCUUGCUCGCUUGCGUCGCAGACGUUUAUCUCCCUCUGCAAAGACAGCAAAAUGGAGGGCUUUGUUAGCCGGGGCGAUAGCAGGGCCUUCAAUGCUAUUGACUGGAUUGAACACCCAGCAUAACAGCUUGGCCAUUUAUAUUCUCAUGCGUGCUGCUGUCUUGGCAUCGCGAUGUGGAAUAAAAAGCAAGAGAUUUGGACGCAUUUGUAAACCUCUUACUUGGGCACAUGGAGACAUUUUCCUUAUGUGUCUCUCUUCUUCUCAAAUUCUGUGUGCUUACAUUUUGAAGCAAGAUAGUUUGCCCCCCUCAUACAAGUCCUUUCUCAAUAAACAUGGCGCAAAGGAUUCUGUUAUCCUGCAAGGAGUGAAGGAGAUUGCAUGCGGCAUGCCGUUUACUAAUUUGGAGGCUAUAGAGAAGUAUUACCAGUCCACCGGUGUUGACAUUAAACUGGAUCCAGAAAUGAAAGUCCCCUGCUCGAUGGUACAUGGAAAUCAACAAUGUGCUUUGCAUUUUGUUUCAUUUCUUAUUCAAGCCUACAAGAGAGCAUUACCAGUUUAUCUUCCUGUUUACUUAAUUCCGGCACUAAUUGUACAUCGUCAAGGACUCUUGAAGAGACCUUACACAAUUUUGGGGAAAGGUGUUCUGGGCACUGCAAGAUCAAGCUUAUUUUUAUCCAUGUAUUGUUCAUCUGCCUGGAUGUGGACAUGUUUCCUCUUCAGGAUCUUUAAAAGGUGCAACAUUCCUAUGUUGGCAAUGGGAACGUUUCCAACUGGUCUGGCCUUGGCAAUUGAGAAGAAGAGCAGGCGGAUAGAGAUUUCACUCUACUGCUUUGCACGGGCCAUUGAGAGCUUUGUCACAUGCAUGGCUGACAUUGGAUAUUUGCCUCCAUCGAAGAACUACAGGAGAGCUGAUGUGGUGAUUUUCAGCAUUUCCACUGCAAUCAUCAUGCACUGCUAUGCAAUAGAAAGGGAUGUCUUUCGAUCCAAGUACCUGAAUGUUCUUGAUUGGGUAUUUGGUGUGCCUCUUCCCCCUUACGAAACAACUCCCCGGAGGAGUAGUCAAACAAAAUGAGGGAAGCAUUCAGGGUUCAGAGGUGUUUCGAGGUCGAAGUCAUAUGUUCCACAAUUCUGAUGGCAUGAAGUAUUGAAUGAUGGUGCAGGAUUAGAUUCUAUCUUGUUGAGCAAUUGUUGAUGCAUGCAGACAGUAGAUGGAGCGAGGUCAUGGUCAGUACUUUGUUCCUCUUAGGGAUUAGAUUAUAUUGUUUAAUUUGAGUUUUUGUGUGUAAUUGAUAAUACCAAGAAUUAUUUAUAACCUUUCAUGGGAAAACAGAAGGAAGCAAGGGGAAAAAAAACCAUAAUGCUUUCUAAGUUAUUCUACACUUAUUGAAUUUUCAGUUCAAUCAUUGAUCUAGUCACUUGCGUCUUUAAACUGGUAACAGCUCUGCAAUGAGAUUUGUUGUAG